GCAAUUGUUUAGGACCGCGACACCGAGGCAUCUACUACCGUAACGGACAUUUUUCCUUUUCAGUUACAAAUGUACAAUUAUUGAGUCAUCAUUCACCUGAAUUACUUAGCAACGGCGCCGUCAGGAGAUAUCGAGUAGUUUGGAAUUGAAUAUUUCAAGUAAAAAAGAAAAGACAUAAGUAUGAGCACCGGAGAUGGUCAAAUUUCCAGCCAGCUUAGACGGCAGUCAUCUGAUAAUUCUGGGUCCCCUCCCAGCCUUUCAGAGAAGGUUACUCACCUGACCUCUAUAGCUACAGGUCAACUUAUGAAGAUACCAGAAGAGGAUAGGCUUGGCCUGUGCAGAAGCGUUUCUGAAUUUGAGAAGCUAAAUCGAAUUGGAGAAGGAACUUAUGGCAUUGUGUAUCGUGCCCGUGACAUGAAGAGCAAGGAGAUUGUGGCACUGAAGAAAGUUCGCAUGGAGAAAGAGAAAGAUGGUUUACCAAUCAGUGGCCUUCGAGAGAUCCAUCUCCUGAUCAACCUCAGACAUGAGAAUGUGGUAGAACUCCGAGAGGUAGUUGUUGGUCAGCAUCUUGACAGUAUAUUUCUAGUGAUGCAGUACUGUGAGCAGGACCUUGCCAGCUUGCUUGACAACAUGCCUUCCCCGUUCACAGAGACCCAGGUCAAAUGCCUUGCCCUCCAGAUGCUGCGAGGUCUACGCUAUCUCCAUGACAACUUUGUCAUCCACCGAGAUCUAAAGGUCUCUAAUCUCCUGUUGACAGACAAGGGCUGCCUCAAGAUAGCUGACUUUGGUCUUGCCAGGCGCUAUGGUCUCCCUGUUAGACCUAUGACCCCUAGGGUCGUGACGCUGUGGUACAGAGCUCCAGAGCUUUUGUUUGGUUCCACAGAUCAGACUACAGCCAUAGACAUGUGGGCAGCAGGAUGCAUCCUCGGUGAGCUCCUCGUCAACAAACCCCUCAUGCCAGGAGCUUCAGAACUUCACCAAAUUAACCACAUCAUAGACCUUGUCGGGACACCUAAUGAUACCAUCUGGCCCGGAUUCUCAGAGCUUACUAUGGUCCAGAAUUUUACUUUGAAGAAGCAGCCUUACAAUAAUCUGAAAGCCAAGUUCCAAUGGUUAUCCCAGUCUGGCCUGCGUCUUCUUAACUCUCUUCUUAUGUACGAUCCAAGGAAAAGAGCUUCAGCAGAGGAGAGCCUACAGAGUUCCUAUUUCAAAGAACAGCCUUUACCUUGUGACAAAGCCUUGAUGCCAACAUUCCCUCAUCAUCGUAACAAGAGAAAAUCCAACACAAGGCCUGAGCAUAGACCUUCACAAUAUGGGAAGAAUGAACUGGGAGUUGCAUUUGGAUCUGGAGACACCAAGAAGAGUAAGAGAUGAUGCGUGUCUACCAUUGACUAGAAUGCACAAGAUGAAUGCCCUAUACUGGAGAGGUUCG